CGGACUGCUCCGCCGCGAGGGCGGCUGGCGUUUUUUUGUCCGCGCGCGGCGCGGGGAGCGGCGGAACCCAGACUGGGUGGAGCGACGCUUCGCCCAGCCCCCUCCACGGCGCAGACAGCCCCGCGUCCCGGAGAGAGACUACUGUAGCGGGAGUCUGGAGGGGGGGGCGGGCUAUGGGAGGGACUAGCGCAGAGAAAGGGAGGUGGGGGUGUGGAAGGAGGAGGCGGCACGGGUGCUGUUUCUCCAGUCUCUUUCCCUGUCUUUGUCUCACACACUCUUUUGUUAGCCAUGCCUAGCCUGCUGGUUCUAGCAGGGAUCAUGGAGAAAAAUGGGGGCUUCGGCGGGGAUCUGGCCGGCUCCGGCUUCGGCGGCGAGGGCCUCCUCGUGCCGCCCGACGAGGAGGAGGACGACUCCCGCGCCCUCCGGGUCGCGCUGGGCCAGCUGUCGCUGCUGGGGCUCGGGGAAGGCGAGGACGGCGGCGGAGCCCCAACAACAGGAGUGCAGGACCGGAGCAACAACAACAACAACAACCACCACCACCACCACAACCACAGCAACAGCGGCGGCGGGGACGCGGCCAUCCUGCAGGGGAAGAGCAAGUUGUGCGCCCUGUACGAGAGCGGCUCCGCCGGCGAGACGAAGGGACGCGGCUGCAACAUCACGGAAUGCGUCCCGGUGCCGAGCUCCGAACAUGUGGCCGAGAUAGUGGGCAGACAAGGCUGCAAGAUCAAAGCACUGCGAGCCAAGACUAACACCUACAUCAAGACGCCGGUCCGGGGGGAGGAGCCUGUCUUCCUAAUAACGGGCCGGAAGGAGGACGUGGCCCUGGCCCGCAGAGAAAUCAUCUCGGCCGCUGAGCACUUCUCCAUGCUCCGGGCAUCCCGAAACAAGCUGGGGGUGUCCUUCAGCGGCUCCCCGCCCACGCCGCUCCCGGGUCAGACCACCAUUCAGGUGAGAGUGCCAUACCGGGUGGUGGGGCUGGUGGUGGGCCCCAAAGGCUCCACCAUCAAACGCAUCCAGCAGCAGACCUGCACCUACAUCGUUACCCCCAGCCGGGACCGCGACCCCGUCUUUGAGAUCACCGGGUCGCCUAGCAACGCGGAGCGGGCCCGCGAGGAGAUCGAGGCCCACAUCGCCUUCCGAACGGGCGGCCUGCACGACCACAACAACGAGAACGACUGUCUGGGGCCGAACGGCGGGAGCAGCCCGGCGAGCAGCGGCGGGCUGGAGAGCCGGCUCCAGCAGGUGUGGGGGCUGCAGGGGGGUCAGCGCAAACCCCUGACCAGCAACUACCGCCAGAACUUCUCGGAUGCCAUGGUUGGAGGCGGGGGUGGGGGAGACUACAGCAAGGGCAGCUUCUCCAGCCCGGGGGAGAAAACUUGCUCCUACUUCGGGUCUGAGGGCACGCAGAGCUGGGGCGACCCCGACUACCCCAAACAGGUGGCCUUCUACGCCCAGCAGCGCUCCAAGAGCUUCGGGGGCCUCCCGCUGCCCCUGACCAGACUGUCCCCCGGCCUGCCCGAGCCCUGCGGGGGCAGCACCACCAACAGCUCCUCGGUAGUGUCCGGCUCACCUCACGCCCAGGCCCGCCGCGCCCACAGCGAGCCCACCUCGGCGGGCGAGGGCUUCCCCGGCCGGAUGCCGGUGCCGGACUCGCCCCCGGCCGGCGUGCGGGACUGCAUGACCUGCUUCGAGAGCAAGGUGACGGCUGCCCUGGUGCCCUGCGGCCACAACCUGUUCUGCAUGGAAUGCGCCAUCCGAAUCUGCGAGCUGAACCACCCCGAGUGCCCGGUGUGCCACACCCAGGUCACUCAGGCCAUCCGGAUAUUCUCCUAAGGAACCGCCCCGUUUUUACUCUCAGUUUGUCAGUGUUUCUCCAGCGAUGAGUUCCUCUUCUUAUGAUUAUUACUAUUCUACACCUUUGUUUUCAGAAAAUUUUAAACCAAUCAAGCAGAUAUUUUAGAAGGCCCUGCUUGCUUUACUAAAAAGUCUAAGAAAUAUUUUUAAGUUUUCCUUUUUUAUAUAUAUACAUAUAUAUGCAUAUAUAUUUUAUAAAAAUUUUGUUUAUAAGAGACGUAUAGAACCUUGCUUUUUGAGUUUUUGACUGCUGCUGUUUUUCAUUCAUGAAUCACAGAGUGGGCACACAGUAAUGUGAACCUUUUUAUGAUCCGAUCUUUGGGUUGACGCUGAAGCUGGAGGACGCUUGUCGAGGACUGACCCCGAAGGACAAAGGAACAAAAAAAUGCACCUUACAAUCAUCUCGGCGUAAAACAGGAUUGAAUUGCGGCGCGGUUCUGGACUCUGGUGUCGUUGUGAAGCAAACAAAAGGCUGAAUGUGGGUUUGUGGGGAGCCGGCGGAGGUUAAACGCUGCCUUCCUGUCGCGGCCUCGGCAGGUCCCGGCUUCUCGGUGGAGGGGGGGGUGGGCACGUGGGUCCGAGCAUUGAUUUCACUUGUGAGGCCAAAAAGGCCCUGGAGCCGGUCCAGCUGGCCCGCCGCUCAAUGUCCCGCCUGGUCACUCGGCCACAAAGCGCUCCUGAGCGGCGUUUUGUGAGGGCGCCGCCGCCCUGCCGCAAUUAGCAGAUCUGUACAGGAGCAGGUGUUUCACGGCGCACGCUGACCCCCUGAGCUGGGGGCCUCAGCCCCCUUUUCUUUCCCAUUUUCAGUCUGGGAGGGGUUCUUUUGCGUCUGCUGCUGCUCGGGGGGGGCUUUGUCUGGGCCCGGUAGUGGCGUGGGGGCUGCGGAGCUCCGACACGGCCUGGAUCCGCUCAUUCACAAUUAGGCAAAUGGGUCGGUCCAGGUGCGGGCCGUGUAUGCCUGUGUGUUUGCAGGGAGGGGGGCGGCUGGGCAAGCGGGACCCCCAUUCUCUAUCCUUUGCCUCCCCCACUUUUUCUUCUUUUCUAGCUCAACUGGGGGGAAAAAAGAAGAGGGGGGGUCUCUUUUGUCCCCAAAUGCACCACAGACUGGAAGCUGGCAAAAAUAUUCAUGUUACCUGGUUAGACUUUGAUCACGUCAGGAUCACAUGAUCAGAUGAGCAACCCCCCCACAUCGCCCCCUCGACUGAAAUGAAAUCAGACGAUUGUGAUUGACAGGAGAUCCGAGGAAACGCCCCGUUUAAGCAGAAUCGAAUUACACACCCCCUGCGCCCCAGCCCAGCCAGGGGGGAGGGGGUGCUGCAAGAGUGGGGGUAAGGAUUAGAGCUGUUGAAUGAUAGUGCAGGGGGGGUUAAAGGAAAAAAAAUAAUGAGACUCUGCAGACCGAGCCACUCCAUUGACGGUCUUUCAGGAGCUGCUGUCACAUGGUGGCCAUGCAUGGUGCCCCCCUCCCCCCUAUAGGUGUGACACUGUAGAAGAGGAUGGGGGGAGGGGGGAUGCACAUUUUUGGCCAAUGCUUGUUUUGUUUUUUUACAUUUUUUUUAAUAUAAUUUUUUUUGUUGCCUUAACGUUUUUUAUCGUAGCAUCUUUGAUGGAAGCGUUCCCAAGAAACACGAAAUAAAAGCAGUUAUUUUUGGAUAAAGAAGAAUGUGAAUCAAGCCGUUUCAGGUGGGGAGGGGGGUGGGCCUUCAGGAUUUUUAGGCUCCUUUCAAAACAACACAUUACUUCUGAUCGAAACUAGAAAACGAAGCACCUUAUUUAAAACGAAAACACAUUUUGAUGGAAACCAAACCGACCCGUGAUGGUGAAAGAGAACUCAAAUCUGACAGACGUGCACAUAAGGAUUCCCUAUCAUUUUGUUGGUUUGAUGCUGGUUCUGAGGCGGUCCGGUGACGAGGACGUUUAUGGGAGAAGUCCUCCUUGUAAAUACAGUUGGGAGGAGGCGCACAGACCCGCUGAAGCGAGGGGUAUUUUCACAGGAGGAGGGGGUAGAUCUUUUAUAAACCCUCCUCCGUUAUAGUAUAUCAGAUAGAUCCAUACGUGUUGAUAAAUAUUAUUUUACCUCCAUCCAAAUAUAGAGAUAAGUUUACCAGACUCUAAUAAAGAUCCUUAUAUGAACCAUCCCAUCUGUAAAUGUUUAUUAGCGUUUUCCCAACAGAAAGAAACGGCUUUUAUUUAUCAGACGAAAAGCAAUAAUCCGCCUGCUUACUCAGCAUUUUUUUAUUUUUAUGUUUUAAACAGUCUUACAUUGCGCAUCAAUCACAAACUUGAGGAUUACUUCUGGGUUUUUGAGGACGCUGUUCUUUGGAAUUUUUCCACAAUCAUCCUUAAUCAUGUUUGUUUGUUUGUUUUGCACCGCCUGGUUUUCUUUUCUUUGAAAAGGAAAAAGUAGCCAAAGAACAAAAAAAAAAGAAGAGUUUAUGAACUCGAUAAAGUCCGAUCCGUCAAAUUCCAUCCUGGCACUUUGGUUCGUAAGUCUUAAGUUUAACUGCAUGUUAGUGAAAUAUAGUAACAUAGGUAAGAUUUAUCGGAAACGUUAAGAUCGCCUAAAGAUUUGUACAAAAGCUUUAAGACUUUAAAGUGAACAUUGGUUUGAAACCACAUAUUUACAGUGUAGUUUAACUGAUCCAUAUUAUUAUUAUUAUUAUUAUGAUGACUCCUAAGAGUAUGCUAAGUCUUGUUGUCCAGCAGCAGCUACUUUGAGGGCGGGGCGACUCAUUCUUGUUAGUAUUAUUUACAAUAUUGUAUUAAUCUUACUAUUACAGUAGAUGUUUUUCCUUCUCUUAAUAUCCAAAAGCUCUUUUUAUGCAUUUUAUGUAGAAUCCCUUUUAAAGGAGUGAUAGGAAAUCCUUAUUUUCAAUGGAUGCACUUAAGCAAACGUACCAACAUGUCACAAAUAGAAAGAAGCAAUGCAUUUGAAUGUAAAGAGACACAGCUGAAAGGGGGGGGCGGCCCCUCUGCUCCCCCUUCUGUCGAUUUCUAUACGUCAGCUUUAAGUUUGUUUGUUUGUUUGUCUUUUUUUAGGAAAGAAUUUGCAACGAGUUUUCAACUUAGUCUAUAUUUGAGUUCUUCCGCAUACAUUUAUAGAAAGUAACUUAAAAAUGAAUAAAAAAAACAUAUUACAGUUUCUCUAAUCUAUUUUGCUAACAUGGGCUAUUAUUUCAUAGAAAGCAGAGGAAAAAAGAAGUCAGUAUCUGGAUGUUAUUUAUGAAAAAUAAAAAAAAUGAAGCAACAUAUUUAUGGGUAACCUUGAGACGUUUUGUUUUUUAAUUAAAAUGACAAGAAGUUAAUAUAUUUCUAAACACAGGAAGUCAGUUUCUACUAAAAUGAGAAGUUUUAUUUAUGAAAGUUAUGGAAACUUUUUUCCGAACGAGUCUCUUAUAGCUGAAAUUUUAACUUCAGACGUGCGUCGCCUCAACAUCUGUGCGUCCCGCGCGGAAUAAUGACAGAAAAUAAUAGAAUAUUUUUUAGGAUUUGGAGAUAUUUUAGUCACAGAGCUUGGAUUUUGUGCCUCAAUUCUCUAUUUUUCUUGCAUCAGCAUGGUUUUCAGUGCUGCUUGCUGUAAACCCCUCGUCCCCCUCGUUAACUGACUGACUGACUGAAACUCAUCGCUCAUUUCCUCUGUAAUCUAAACUCACUUUUUCUUCUAGAAAUGUUAGAGAACUGCUUGGAAUGGAUGAGGCAGCCGUGACCCUCCGUCCGUCCGGCCGUUAGGGCUGCACAUUCCCUGAACACUCACUCCACCUCUACAUCCGCCAUCGCUCCCAUCGAUCUGCCGAUCGGUGAGUGCCAUCGCCCGAUCGGCGCUCGAUGGGCGCGCGCUGUAGAUCUAUGUAACUAGACGCACACACAGACACACACAGCAGAUUCAUUACCGUGGUAGUUUGCAUGUAUGUUGUAUGGUCACUUAGACCGGAGGGGCGGCGCCGGAGGGCCCGGUCCGCCUCUCCGCUGUAGAUUUUCAUAGUUGGAGUCUCUAGAGUUUGAGCCAGACCACCUCAGCCCCACGCAGAGGCCCGACCCGCUGGUGCCGUUUGGCUCUGGCGGCGCUGGUUCUUCCUGAGAGGCCGAUACAGUCCGACAGUUUGUCUUUGGUAGCGUUUCCAAUUUUUCCGGCACAGUGGAGGUGUUUCAUACCGGUCUGAAGAUAGUGCUCGUAGUGCGUUAGUUUCUGGUUUCUCUGUGAGCAGUGAAGGAGGGUCGCUGCUGCGGCCCUGAGCCAACACUCUGAUGGAUGGGCAAAAAAAGCUCGACAAAAAACAACAAAAAAAAGACAAAAUAAACAAGAAAAAGGAAAAAAAAAAAGGCAUAAGAAGUGUUUGAACUCUGUCACAGUGUGCCGUGCCCUUUAUGAGGCAUGUGAUAUUGCAGGUUUAUUUCUUAUAGCACACUUUUUUUUGGUGAAUUACAUUUUUUGGAGACAUUUUUAUUAUUAUUAAUAUUAUUAUUAUUGUAUCUGCUCCAUGUUAGUUCUGGUUCUUUGUUAUUUUUUCAAGAUUGAAGAUGUAUUGUAAAUGUUUCUAAUAAAAUGGAAAUGAAAUGAUCUCCAGCUGAA